CAUCUCAGAACUAAAGCUUGCUCUCAAAAGAACCUCCUAAGCUGUAAGGUGUGUCCCCUCCCCCACACAAGUUCAAGUGGCUCCGGCCGUGUGCCACUAACAGCCACAUUUCCAUAACAAAAUGAGUGUCCACAAUAUUUCCAUAACAAAAUGAGUGUCCACAGGGGGACUUGGGGCCAAUUGGCCCUCUUGUGGGUUUUCUAGGUAAAAAGGCCAAAUGGCCCCUCUCUGGGACUUCUAGGCCCCAGCCUGAGACUAGUGAGGAGCUCUACAUCCACCUGAGGCUUAUCUCCUUUGUUGUAGGAGAGACAACUCCUAAUCAAGAGGUUUGGUACAAGAGCCCUAACCGUGUGUGGACGUAAGACCAAAUAUAUCAAUCUCCUUAUCUUUCCAUCUCAUGUUCCCCAAUCCAGCUUCCAUUUAAAGGGUGUUGUCCAUCAGCCCAACACAAGUCUGCUGCAGGACUGGCAUUGGACCUGACACCCACCCUCCAUUCUGCAGGUGGUGAUCCUGAACCCUACCAGGUUAUGUUGGUGGCCCAGUCACCAGAUGUUCUACUGUGUGUGGUUGUAGGAUUGGGUGGGUGGAGUCAUUACCCAAGUCAAUCUGUUGUCAUAAAUGGAACUCCAUCGGCACCAUCUUUCUUGAUGUAUGGUGUCCCACAGGGGUCUGUGCUUGGCCCUUUAUUGUUUUCCUUAUAUGUCUCUCCAUUGGAGGAUAUUGUAAAUGCACAUAAUUUACAGACCAUGAUUUAUGCUGAUGGCACACAGCUGUACUUGGUCACACAGAGCUCUGAAAGAUCUACCAGCAUCGAAGCUCUUGAAUACUGUGCUAGCGACAUUGUUCAAUGGAUGAAGUGCAAUAAGCUGCUGUGCAAUACAACAAAAACAGAGGUUCUGCAUUUUCAGUCAUGGUAUCUUGCAGUUGAUGCCAUCCAAUAUGUCACCGUUGGUGAAUCUGUGAAGGAGCCAAUAUCUGAAGCGUGUGAUCUUGGGGUCAUCUUUGAUCACCAUCUUAAGAUGCCUUCCCAGGACUUGUCAAAAUUGCAGCGCAUCCAAAAUGCAGCUGCAAGGAUGGUCACUUUGAAGAAGAAAUAUGACCACAUCACACCUGUCUUACGCUCACUUCAUUGGCUGACAGUGAAGAAGAGAAUAAUAUUCAAGAUCUUGUUGAUGACCUUCAAAGUACUCAAUGGAUUGGUGCCAUCAUAUCUCAGUGAUCUACUGGUGGUGAAGAAGCCACUACGGUCACUACGCUCUAACAGUAAUAACAUCAUCGUUCUUUCUACGCCACGUUACAGAACCGAUACUUAUGGAAAGCGUGCAUUCGCUUCAUGUGCACCGAGAUUGUGGAAUCAACUUCCAAAGGUCUUAAAAGAAUCAACUGACAUUAAUGACUUUAAAAAAGGACUUAAGACUUUUCGAUUUACAUAUCUCAUCCUUUUAGUUUUGAUUUUUGAACUUUUAAGUCUUGAUUUUUUUUCUCUUUGAUAAUGUUUUUAUGUA